AUGAAGCUUUUCUUGAUUCUCAUCGCGCUCUUUUUUGUCGGCAUCACGCCGAUUGUGGCUGAUAAAUUAUCAUUAUGUAAAGAAAUUUGUUGGAUUCACGGUUACUUUGACACGGACACCGAUUGUCAUGAUUCUUGCCUUGCAAGUCCGAACCCCGAUGAUUCCGAGGUGCUGCUUACAGAACAGUGUGUGGUUGACUGCACUGAAAAAUUUAUGUCUCCUACUGUGGAUAUGAGAGGCUAUACUGAGUGCCGUUCAAAUUGCUACGAUAAAGCGCUGGGUCCUUUCAUAAACAGGUUCAAAUCGGGACUCGUGAGGCGAGAAUUACAUUCUAUCGAACCUCCAGAGGAGAUUAAAGAUUGCAUUAUGAAAUGCCAAAGAACACAUCCGCAGCUGGAAGAAGGCAACCCUACUCCCACAUGCCAAAACUACUGCAGGAUAGUAAUGCAAGACCAAUUCGAUCUGCAAGCUCCUGCCAAACUACGCCCAUCUGUAUCAUCUUGCGAAUCGAAAACCUCCGACAAACACACCGGGACCAAGAGCCUGGGUUUAGCUGUUACCCCGAGCGAAAGUCCUUUGGCGAAGGUUGUAGAAGAUUCGAGCAUAGUCAAGUCUGAAACGAACCCUUUUAAUGCAUACAACAAGUUUCACGCUGGUGCUAUUCCAGCUACAAACAGCACGCCGACAGGGCAUUCAGGGCGCCCAACACCUAUUGGAGAAGUUAACGGUGCCUUGUCUUGGGCUGAAUCUGCCUAUUGCUCGUUCUGGUUUUUUGCUUGGACCUCUUUAGCUAUUGCAAUUGCAAUUGGCACACAAAUGCUCUGA